CUUUUCCGUCCACGCUGUCUUUAGCGGAAAUGCGUAUACGGAAGUGAAAUUGUAAACAAAAAGUGAAAAUCAUCAGCCUAUUUUUAAACCGAAUAAAUAGCAUAUCAGUCUACUCUAAAGGCUUUGAAAAGGGCUUCAUCUAACUGCCAUCACGUUUCUGUCAGAAGAUUUCGUUAAUUGUCAGGGCUGCCAAGUACCAGUGCAGCCAUGUCGAGGAAGCAGACCCCAAAACCGGUCAGAGGUAACAAGAAGAGUGAGCUAGAGCGCAAGAGAGAUGAGAGGGCUGCACGACGUGCUAUUGCUAAAGAUCGCAAAAACAAAGGGCAGGAUGGAGAUGAUGGAGCAGAGUUUCUCAGCUUCUCCAACCAGCUUCAGGCCCUGGGGCUAAAACUCAGAGAGGUUCCUGGAGAUGGGAACUGUCUGUUCCGAGCUCUGGGCGACCAGCUGGAAGGUCACUCGCGCGCUCACCUCAGACUCAGGCAGGAGACGGUCGACUUCAUGAAGUCACACAGACAGGACUUUGAGCCUUUUGUGGAGGAUGAUGUCCCCUUUGAGCAGCACUUAUCCAACCUGUCCCAGCCUGGAACGUUUGCAGGAAAUGAUGCCAUUGUAGCUUUUGCUCGUAGCCAAGAAGUUAAGGUGGUGAUCCACCAACUUAACACACCGCUCUGGGAGAUUAAUGGUUCAGAGAAUCAGCUGUGUAGAGAGCUGCACAUUGCCUACCGAUAUGGAGACCAUUAUGACAGUGUGAGGAAGAUUGGGGACAACACAGAGAGUCCUGCUCAGCUACGGAUAGAGAAUCUACAAAAAGGUCAAAAGCGUGAAUUUGGUGAUGGUCAGAGAGACAGACAGAAGAACAUUUCCCCUUCAGAUGAAGAAAACCUCAUCUUCAGCUCCAUUAGGAACAGAGGAACACCAGGGGAUGAGGAGAACCUGCUCCAGCUGAGUGCUGCUACCAUCAAUGCUGAGUGGCUGCUGGGUGCUCAGGCCUGCCAAUGCUCCUCUGAAUCCUGUUCAAACUGCAAUAAUACGCCUUCUGAAGAAAGUGAGCCCAGACAACCAGCAGAGGGCAACAACGCACAGAAACCCAAGGUGUCUAACAAACAGCGGAAAGAGCAACAGCGAAUGGAGAAAAAGAAGCGACAGGAGGAGCGUCAUCGUCAAAAGGUUCUCCAGGAAAAAGGUCUACAAGACCAGAACCAGAACCUGCCAGACGCUGUGACUUUAGUACCGGCUCUCAACACCUUGAGUUUAUAAACCAUCAGGCCCCUGCUGCUGCUACAGAUACUCACUACAUUUUGCACAUCCUAAAUCACAUUCAAUGACUUUUCCUCCAGAGAACCAUGUAGUUUCUCUGUUAAACAGUAUCAAGGUGCCUGCGAACUUGAGUCUGUGGGUGAAUGUAUGAAGGGGUGAUUUUGUUGCAUAUGCUGGUCAGAUCCUUAAUGCCUUUUCAAGCCGGGGUCCUUGCUUUACCAUGCAGAUAGUCAUGGGCAGCCAUGUUGUCUGUUUACCGCCACGGUAUUACGUUAUUUCAACUUUUGUGUUUUUUUUAUUCAAAUGUAUAAGCAAAGAGGAAAGGGGAAAAUGCUGUGCUGUUUCCCCUUAAAUGGCAAUAAUUUUUAGGAGUAACAAUUUUUGUCAACUGGCAAGUUUGUUUUGUUUAAUUUUGUAUUCUCCUAGGAUAUUUUCUUUGUUUUUAUCUGCCCAAAUUCAGAAGUAGCCAACAGUAUUUGAUGGUAUUGCAAGCAUUUGUUUAGGUAUUAUGUGCUCAGAAAUCAAUUCUAGUUGCAAUCUGCAGUUUGCAUGAAUAUGUGAUGAUAAUUCUGUUUGUACUGGCUAACCGCUGCUCAUCACAGACCUAGCCAAAAUAUAGAAGUUUAAAUGAUUACAGAUUACAUUAUUUUGAAAAGUAUAUCAGUAGCAACCUUCUUUCCACAGUAUAAAUUGUUCGUGUAUGGUAAAACGAGGAUAGUUGAUCGAGAGCCCCUGAUCACCACCAUUAACCAUUACACAGUUGCUAUUGAUUUGAAGAACCAUAUUUAAUUUUUCAGUUUCCAUUAGUUGGAUAUGCACACUUCCAUGGGAUAGAAAGAACAUGCAAUGUAUGAAUGGGCUGACCCCGUGACUGAAUCUUUGUAGAAAGGUUCUGAACCCCUCUGUCAAUAUUGCACAAUUUACUUUGUAUUUUCAGUUAUGUCAGUUGCUCUUUAAGAAUAGGUUAUCGUCAGUAGAUGCGGUUACAUGCACACUCUGAUCACAGAUAUCAGAUUUUUGUGUGCGUGUAACCAUAGCCACUGUAACCCACGUAAUUCCUUUGAAGGAACUGGGUUUGACAGUAUGGAAAAAUGAUUUUGAAACAGGGUGAACUUUUCAAAUGUGCGCUCCACUAGUGCCCAGCACUGCAGUCACAUCUGUGGCUCAUAUUGUAUUUCUGUAAUAAAGACUAUUAUAAGAUAUUA